AUGAAAAACAGAAAAAAAGCAAUGGUCAACAUGGAAGGACAAUUUUUGGUAAGACAAAUUUAUGACGAUGAAAUUACAUAUAAUUUAAUUGGAGCAGCAGUAGAGAUACUAAAUAUUCCAGCAGAUGAUAUUUUAGAAUUAUUUGGAAAGACAUUUUUUGAAUUUUGUCAAGAUUCUGGGUAUGAUAAAAUAUUACAAGUGCUAGGUGCUACACCCAGAGAUUUUUUACAGAAUUUGGAUGCUUUACAUGACCACUUGGGUACUUUAUAUCCUGGCAUGCGUGCCCCUUCGUUUCGCUGCACUGAGAAGGAUGGCUCACUUUUACUGCAUUACUAUUCUGAACGACCCGGUUUAGAACACAUCGUCAUUGGAAUUGUAAAGGCUGUAGCAUCAAAAUUACAUGGCGUUGAAGUUGAAAUAGAAAUAAUCAAAAGAAAAGGUGAUCCAAUGGAGGAAGAUGAAAAGGAUGAUGUAUUCUCAUUGCAAUUACAACAGCAGCAGCAGCAGCAACAACAAUCAGCCACAACAUCAACAACAAUUGCAACAGAAGAAAAUAACAAUCAAAAUAGCAACAACAUUAAUGUCACUAAUAACAAUAACAACGAAGCUGAUGAUAAUAAUUUAGCUAAUGUGACAAGCACAGAUGUAAGCAAUAGAAAUCAAGAACAAUGUCCUUUUUUAAAGAAGAAAUCAACUUCCGCCUCUUCACAAAGAGAAAGUUUUGAUAGCGAUGCGGAAAAGGAACAGAAAUGCUUACGUUUACUGAAAAAUAAAAGCGACGACAUUGAACGUUACGAUCACGUACAAUUUCUAAUAAAAGAAAUAAGCUCCGAUGCAAAAUCUAGUGAAAAUGUAUCAACCAAAGAUGACAGUAAAGAACCACCGGAUGAGAUUGACUUCACAAGUGACUCUCCGCUUAUAUCUCCGGCAACAUUCUGUAGAGUAUUUCCCUUUCAUCUUAUAUUCGAUCGACAAAUGAAAAUUGUGCAGGCUGGAAAAUCAGUGUCAAGAGUCUUACCGAGAGUGGCCGACGACAAUUGUUCCCUAAUAGAGGUACUCGAGGCAAUCCGCCCACAUUUACAGUUAACAUUCGAGAAUAUUUUGGCACACAUAAAUACAAUUUAUGUGCUACAGACACGGCAAGGUGCGAUGGGUAAACAUGAACGCUACUUGAGACUGAAGGUAAGCGAUGGAUGGCAAGUUAUUGUAUUAAUUUUUAAAUUUAAUUAA